AUGGAUGUUCUCAAAUGGUUACGCAAUAAUGCAGUUGAAUAUGAGUUGGAUAUUUGGAAGGAAACAAGUGGUUUGGGUAAUUUUAUGGAUAUUAUGGUACCACCAAAUAUGAUUGCUAUCAUUGAAGAAUUAUUUCGCAAAGAAGGAAUCGAAUAUAUUAUCACAAUUCCAGAUGUUAGGAAUUUGAUCGAGCGGAAUGAGAUAUAUCCAAGAGGCGCAAAUAAUAUCACAAGGACAGCAAAGCAGCAUGACACAUUAUUAGAAUCAUUUUUUGCUCGUUUAAAAGAUGACCCAAUUUUGGAUGAGAAAGCUGAUGAAUCGGAAGAAUCAUUAAGAAAAGUAAGUAAAUUAAAUGUUAAAUAUCCUUUUGGUGAUUAUGGCUCAUACAAUGAUAUGUUAAAAUAUAUGCGUACCAUCGAAUUUUACUACCCACAUAUAACAAAACUUGUGCGAAUUGGUGAAACACAUGAAGGUGCACCAAUUGAAGGAUUAAAGAUUGGCUAUCCAAUACGUGAUAUCAAUAAACGAGCAUUUUGGAUUGAUGCUAAUAUUCAUGCAAGAGAAUGGGCAUCAAGUCAUACUGCACUUUAUUUUAUUAAUCAGUUAGUCUCAGGAUUUGAAAAAGAUCCGGUUAUAACACGGUAUAUAAGAUCUAUCAAUAUUUACAUUUUUCCGUGUUUGAAUCCGGAUGGCUAUGAAUAUACACGAUCAAAACCAAAUCCACAGGUUCGAUUGUGGCGCAAAAAUCGUUCACCUCAAAAAUGUAUUCGUUCACCAUGGGGUGGUCGUCGAUGUUGUGCCGGCGUCGAUUUAAAUCGUAAUUUCGAUUUUCACUGGGCUGAAGUUGGCUCAAGUGAAAAUCCUUGUUCAUACUUAUAUCAAGGUGAAAGCGCAUUUAGCGAACCAGAAACAAGAGCUGUAAGAGAUUUCUUAUUAUCACCUGAAAUGCAAGGUAAAUUAGAUGGAUUUAUAACUCUUCAUACGUAUGCUCAACUAUGGAUACAUCCAUACAGUCAUAAAGAGGAAUCAUUUCCUGACAAUUAUGCACAAUUGAAACGUACGGCAAAACGCGCAGUUAGUCGGUUGAAGAAGGUUUAUGGAACACAGUAUAGAAUUGGUACUGGUGCUGAUAUUUUAGCACCGGCAUCUGGUGGUUCAGAUGAUUGGGCUAAAAAUGCACUUGGAGUAAAAUUUGUUUAUUUAAUAGAGCUUCGACCUCAACUUGAAUUAUUAAAUGGAUUUAUUUUAAAUAAGGAUGAGCUAAUUCCAACAGCUGUUGAAACUUGGGAAGGUGUCCGAACAGUUAUAGAUGAUGCAAUUCGUGCUAAUGAUUUAUUAAAUUUAAAAUCAAUAGCUAGUGAAUCUCUUUCUGCAUUAGGCCAAUUUAUGAAACAUAAAUUACCAAUCAAUAGAGGAGAUAAAAUUCAACAAACUAAUGGAAUUUCACGGAUAUUAGCUGGUAUAAAAAUUACACCUGAACUUCCAGCACUUAAGGUACGUUCAAGAUCGCUCGGUUCAACUAUUUAUUUUCAUAAUGAUACAAUUGGAUUGAUACAAUCAAAUAUCACAAAUCAAACUGAUCAUAUCACCACCAAAUCUAUCAGUAAUCGAAAUGAUUCACUAAUAGCAAAUAUGGUAAAACCAUUUAAAAUUAUUCAUUCAAAUUAUGAAACAGUGAUAACUAAUCAGAUAAAAUUGUCAAAUCAAACAUCACUAACAACAUUAUCAUCGUUAUCAUUAUCACCAUCAUUAUCACCUGUAACAUUACAUCCCACAUCAUCAUUAGCAAUUAAUCAUUUUAACAAUAGUAGUCGUAGACAAUUUUUAAAUUCAAAUUGUAAAGAUAUUCGAAAUUCAUGUAAAUUUUGGUUACGAACAAAUCCAAAUAUAUGCACAGAGCAGUAUGAAUUGAUGAAAAUUCAAUGCAUGUAUACUUGUGAAUAUUGCGCACAUUUAGAUAAUUAG